ACUUCAACUUCUUCUUCUUGCGUAGUUGGUUGUUAUACAAAAAUUUACUCAAUUACGAUUGCAAUUUGCAAAGAUUUCUAUUAUUAUAUUUGAACCACAAAUUACGAAUAUGUUUUCGUCCAUUGUGCGAAAUAUUCGCCCAGUGUGUGUUCUUAGAACUUUCUUAAUUAAUCAGAAAAAAAGUUUUAGCCCUUCGAAGUAUUUUCUCUCGAGUGAAAUAAACAAAGCAGAAUACAAGCCCACAAUUCGAAAGCCUAAUGAAUUAAAGGGCAAUCAACUUAGUGAAUAUGGUUUAUUUGUUGCUGAAUGUCUGCCGAAGUACGUCCAAAAAGUACAGUUGUGCCAUGGCGACGAAUUGGAAGUAAUGAUAUCUCCUGAUGGUGUUUUACCCGUCUUGACUUUCCUGAAAGAUCAUCAUUUAGCCCAAUUCGAAUCACUGGUUGAUAUAGCUGGAGUAGAUGUACCUACCAGAGAGUAUCGCUUUGAAAUUGUUUAUAAUCUUUUAAGUCUCCGGUACAAUGCCAGAAUUAGAGUGAAAACCUACACAGAUGAGUUGACACCCAUUGAUUCUGCAACCGAAGUUUAUAAAGCGGCUGACUGGUAUGAGAGGGAAAUAUGGGACAUGUUUGGUGUCUAUUUUAACAAUCAUCCUGAUCUUAGACGCAUUUUGACUGAUUAUGGAUUUGAAGGGCAUCCUUUCAGAAAAGAUUUUCCUCUAAGUGGGUAUGUAGAAGUGCGCUAUGAUGAUGAAGUUAAACGAGUGGUUGUAGAACCCCUUGAACUUGCCCAAGAAUUUCGAAAGUUUGACCUUGUUGGACCUUGGGAACAAUUUCCUGCAUACUCUGCUGAAUCUGCUGCUGUACAAGAAAUACCAUUGCCCAAUGAAGCUGCAAAUAAAAAGUGAGCUGUUGUUAAAUAACCUUGAAAUUGUAAUAUUAUUGGAAAACAAGAUAUAUGUAUAGAAGUUAGGCAUUAAAGUGUUCACUCGUUGA